AUGAGCCUCAAGUCGGAUAUCAUCAGUGCCAUGGUCAUCACGUGGGUGUCGGCCUUGUUGGCGCUGGUUGCACGUAUCUUUGCGAGGCGCAUGACAAAGGUUCCGUGGUGGUAUGAUGACUACUUGUGCGUUGGUGCCUUUGUUGUUGGCAUUGGAUACAAUGUUGUGAUGAUAUACUGGGCCUUGACAUGGUACCUUGGCACGACGAUUCCCGACUCCGUCAGCGAUGAACGAUAUGAAGAGAUCAACCUCAACGCCCGACUGAUGCAGUUCCUCAUCUCCCUCACCUACUCAUACUCGAUCGGUCUCUCGAAACUCUCUAUUCUCCUCUUCUACUGGCGCAUCUUCAAGCAAUCAGCUAUUCGAAUUCCGAUCCAGGUUAUGCUCGGUAUCAGCGGCGCUUGGCUCAUCCUCCGUACAUUCAUGGUCAUCUUCCACUGCAUACCAGUUCAAGCCUAUUGGGACAAGUCAAUUGAGAACGCUGUCUGCAAGAUCAACGACUCGCAAUUCUUCUUCGCGACAUGUCUUACUCACUUUAUUCUUGAUGUCGUUAUCUUGGCGCUGCCGGUUAUUGAAGUGUUUAAGUUGCGACUUCGUCUGGGACAAAAGAUUGCCAUCACCGCUCUGUUUGCCCUUGGUUUCAUGCAAUACUAUACUAACAAACAAAGUGUUUGCCUUGCAUCUGUCUUUGUCAUCGUCACAGCUCUUCAAUAUGAUCCCGCGUCAAGACAAAUGCCCCGCGACGUCGCCACAAACGACAUGUGGGGAGGUGUCGAAAUCAACGUCGCCAUCGUCUCCGGUUGUUUCCCUCUUCUCCGUCCAAUCUUCACCAAGAUCCUUCCCAAGAGAUUUCUCAGCUCUGCUGGAAGCAGUCACCCCAUCAGCCGCACAACCCACGGCAUUCGUCUUACUACCAUCAACCGUACAAACAAGGAUAAGGAGGCAGACGAUACAAGUUCAACUCAUCAACUUGCUGAUCCUGAGCAAGGGAUUCCUGGAGAGUUUGAGAUUAUCGAUGGAAAAGAGGGACCUCGGACCUUUAUCUCAAGUCGAACUACUGAGUCGCUUCAUUCGAGGGAGCAGGAUAUGGCGGGGAUUUAUGUGCGGAAUGAUGUUGUCCAGGAGGUUGAGGAGUCGAAUCAUACAUAUGCGAUGAAGAGAUGA